GGGGCCGGGAGCCUCCAGAACGCGCCAGGACCCCUGGUCUAGCUCAGAACUGACCCCAAAGAGGGUGCAGCAGCGGGGAACGCGUCCGGGGCUCACCUACCGCUGGACGCGGGCCCUGGAAGCUGCCUCCUGGCCAGCUUUGUUCGGCGCCGCGCGCCUUGGUGUUCAGCCGGUGCUCGCCUGGAGCCUACCCGGGGGCCCAACGCCACCUCGGUGAUCCCAGUCUCUGUUGCUUGUCCCUGAUACCGCCAGCAGGCCGCCUCGGGUGACCCUCAGGCCGCGAACCCCGCGGUGUCCCAGAGCGUUGACAAAUCCAAUCAUCCCUUUCGGAAGCAAGUGGGGAAGUAAAUGUCUCUUGGCCUUUCGUUAAUGGCCGACUAGGGAAUUGUGGGGCGCGAGCACAGCUGUUUCUUUUGGGGGCUAGUGCGUGUGUGCGGUAGGACCUCAGCACGUUUCUGGCGGAUUCCAAGUUUUUCCCUUCGGCCUUUUCAUACUCUUUUGGACGUACCGAAAUCGGGCUCUCGAGGCACCUUCGCAGUUACUUCGAUGGUAGGAACUUCCUCCUAGUACCAUCCAAAAGUGCAGGAUGGGCGAUGUGGAAGUUAAACACUAGAGAGGAUGCGAAUUUAGUGUAGUUGAACUUUGGCACCCUUAAGUUUAUGGCACCCUGAAUGGUGAGCCCUGGGCGCCAGUUUUGGCCCGCCUUGCUAGGGUCCUCAGGGCACCAGCAAGGAGGCCGAGGAGGGGCGGCUGCGUAUGACAGAGUCCCCCAACUAGUUCGAAUAAUUUAUUCCUUAAAAGCCAACUUUUAUGAUGAACCUAGUCUAUUGUAAAUUGCCUAGAGGCAGAUACUAAAUAAUCUUUUUAGCUAUGAAAAUAAUAGCAUCUCUUUAAAAAACAAACCUCAAAAACCCUAAUAGACGGAAUUUAAGUUUUUCACACACAGCGGUAAAGUUUGACAAAGCAUGCACGUCGCAGUCGAAAGUGAGAAAAUGCCCAUAGCAGCCCUGGAAUGAAUUAAAUCAAAUGGGACUCGUUGGGUCUUUUUGUUGCCGUGAGGUGAGGGACCCGCAUCUCUGCAGCCAAGUCAGCCAAGAUUAGAACGGGCGAUAUGCUAAAAAGAAACGCUUGCAUAUGUUGGGUAGAUUAGGGACAAAGAAUCUUUUUGUCAUGGAAAUGGAUUUUUUUGUUUUGUUUACUUCUUCACAUAGAAUUUCUCACACUUGGGUUGUUUUGUAUUACCCUCAAUGACUACAUGAUCAAAUGAAUGGAUUUAUUUCUGCCGAAUGAGAAAGACAGUCUUUCCCUCAAAAGAACUACACUGCAUCCCAGUGAGGAAUUUUAAAGCUUCAUUAUUGCGGCUCCUGAAUAGCUCAAAAUCCGCUUUCACAGCCGCUCUAAAAUGCAACAGUGUAAAUACUUCUCCGCUUUGUAGGGUCGUUAUCAAAAUGUGCAAUGUCGCCUUUUAUUAAAGCAUAUUUUAAUUAAUAGAGUAAAACCUCGUGUAUUUAACAAUUAGCAAGCCGAGGCACUGUUGUUCAUUUUUAAUUUCGCUUCAGAAAUGUGAGUGUGGUAAAGUUAAUCGUGUAAACAUGUCAGAGGAUAUAUAACCCCGACCGUGUUGAAAACCCCAGAUAGUCAAUUAUUUACGAGUUCUCUUUUGAAUUCUGCUCGCUGCUCGAAUUUAUUUCGAGACUCUUCCAUAUACAGGCUUUCUCUCCCUUCAGUAGCAGUGUUUCUAUCCAGGCUGUGUUUUCUACAGUCAUUCGGACUUCUGAGCCUGAGGUUACCACAGUUCCUCAUCAUAUUUUGCAACAGGCCAAAAAUAGCCCGUCUGAGGCUGAGCCCUAGUAAAGCUGCAUGUGCUGUUCGGGUUUGAAGGGUAGUUCAGGCAAACUAUUAAAAUAAGUUCUUUCUGAUUUAAUUGUUCUGAAGCAGAUUGUUCCUGGAGCAUAAAAAAUAGUCUGUUUCCAUGAAGUCAAGGAAUGCUCAUGCUCUCUUAACUCUAACAUAGCCAAGAGAGGUAGUUUGUUUUUUUUUUUUAAGGUAAAUGGUUGUGUAAACUAAAUUACUCCAUUGUCAUUUCAAAUUCUUAAAUUGUUUUGCAUGCAGAGGAGGCAAACGUGUGCUGCUGCGUGAAGUUACCAGCGAGCCAAGUCUACAGUGUUUUAGAAAUGAAGUAAAUGGUUCCUUUGUAUCAGUUUGGGUGUGACAAGUUAAUUAAAGCGCCAGGUCCACCUCUGCAGAGGAAUUGAAGGCUUUUGUUAAUACCAUACAGAACAGAUACCUUAUGAGAGAGAGAGAGAGAGAGAGAGAGAGAGAGAGAGAGAGAGAGAGAGAGAGAGAGAAUAUGAAUAUAGAGGCCAAAGAUGCCUAGUCAUGUUGAUUUCCAGUGGAAACCGAAUAUUUUAAGGUUUGGGUUUUUUUUUUUUUGUUGUUGUUGUUGUUGUUGUUGUUGUCGUCCCCCCCCCCCCCAGGAUUUGGUUUUUAGACAAGCAAUAAGAAAAAGUCAGCAAUAGCUUUGGUCCUCUCCACCUUUUAGACUGAAGGAAUGAAUGACAAAUCUACAUGAAAGCAAGCAACCCUACCUUAUGGAGAGUUCUGGAGUUACCCUGGGAUAUUAUUUUAAGUUACUGAGACUCAACUCCCUGCUAGAAACUGUCACUUAAAAUUGUUUAUUCGUGACUAUUCCCCAUCCUAGGAAUAGAUGUGAUUCAGCUCUGGGAUUCAGUUAGAUCUCUGCCACCCAAGAGCCAGCUGAAGAUUUUCGUUUCUAAGAAAAACUAAUUAAAACUUGCACUGACAGUGCCACCCUCAAGUCCUACCAAGAACUUUAAAGACAUUGCAACCGUGUGCGGCAAAAAGAAAAAUAAAGACAGUUACUAAAGAUGCAUUUCUCAGUCCUGGGAAAGUCUGUGUUUAAGGAAGAACAAAAGAAUGUUGUAAUUUAAAACGGUUCUGAGGAUGCAUCUUUUUGUGGUCACUAAUGACCUCGAGGUGUUCUUAUUUUCUACCAGUUUACAGUAUGUGGCUAUCCUGAAAUUUCUUUCAAAUGUGGUAAGCUUCGACCUAAGAGCUAAGCAGUGGAAUUCACAGACUGCUUAAGUUCAGGGAUAGAAAGCCACCAGAGCUCAGUGAGGAGACCUUUUUUCUUUUAUCUGUAUAUGCAGGGUCUGCCUCCCCCUCCCCCAGUACUCGCAUUUACAAUUCAGCAUACCAAAAGGGACAAUACAGAAGCCACUUUCUUACAACCACUGGCAGAUUGUUUUCUCUGAAACACGAAAGGUAAAAAAGGGGGGGAAAAAGUAAGUGGAGGAGGGAAGGGGGAGAAAGAAUUUGCAAACAUUUCUUUUUAAAAUCGAGUUCAAAAAAAAAAAAAAACUUAACCCGUUUAAAAAUGCGCACUGUUAAAAUGGGCGCCAAUGAAUUCCACCUUAAAGAGAGCUGAUUAUGAGACAAGAGUUAAGGCAUUUAAGUAGAGUGUAUUCUAAACUUUUCAAAGCUGUGCAUAAUCCAGGUUCUUCAGAUGUGUCCAGACAGAGCAAGAGGGGAAGGUACAGAGGGGGAAACAGCAGGAAUUACUUAGCAAGCCGAUUAUUUCUUUGUAUCUAGAAUGAUGUCGAAAACAGACAAAAAGUAGGUCAGAUUUCAUUUUCAGCCCCACCGUCCACCUCCUGGUGGCCUUCAGAGCAUUUUCUUUGGGGAUGGGGAAUGCAGUAAACAGAGCCAAGAUUUCUGUUCUUGUGAACUGACCAUCAGUUGGAAUUUAGCAUCCUCAUGUGUAAGUCUUGGCACAAGGUCUUGUGUAAGUAAGUUAAACGUCUUAAAGCUGCUAAUGCGAUUUUCACCAUCUUUUAAUACAGCAACCUAGUUUUGAGUGUCAUUUAAAAAAAAUACGAAAAAGAAGGGUUUCCUUUUUCUCUCUUUCCCUUUACUGUCUCGCUCACUUUUGUUUUUGUCCACUAUUUCUUGACUAGUUGCCAGUAUAGGAGAGGCCAGUGGAUCUUAGACAUUCUCGUGAACAUGUGGAACAUGUGAGGAAAUUCUGCUACUGCAGUGAGGUGCGUGUUGAGUUGCGCUUUUCACACGCAAUCUAUGUGAAAAAUCGGAUUUUAGUGUUUUAGGUAAACUGUUUUUUUUUUAAUUAUCUUGGAUUUUUUUCUGUUGUAAUUUCAACACGGUUAUGAUUUAAGGUAUUGGGUUAACUGUGUGGCUGCCAGACAGACAAAGCUAGUAAUGCCCCCAGAAAGUGAAAAAUACAGUUUUUUAACAAAAUAAUGGAAUGACCUUUAUGCUCAAGACCAAGAUUGAUCUGUUUCUUAAUUAAAGGCAAGGGGUUCUGGCCGCCAAAGGGGGCAGAUGGUUCCUGAGUGUUCUCCCCUCGGAGGGGGGACCUUUCCCCUCACCUCUAACUGAGUGGGGUGUACUCUAGGAGGCGCAGCCCCCUGUGCGUUCUUCACAGUGAGGCAUGGAACUGGUUUUUUUUUUUUUUUUUUUUUUUAAGUGUGGUCCUAGGGAAGGUGGGUGGCAGAACGCUGGCCAACUCGUGUCUCCUCUCCCUAAAGGUGAGUCCUUAGGACUGUGGUGACAAGCCUUGCUGAUUUAACCUUUGCCUGCUUUGCCCUGCCAGGGGUGACCGCUAGAUGUCAAGCUCAUAAUACAAUUAGUGCUUCUGUGCCGUUGACCUUGGCCACAGAACUCCACACACCGUUCUGUUAAGAGUGAACUCCCGAGUCCUGAGUGUUAACCAGAGAUCCCACGAGUUUGUUCCGUGCGGUGCAAGCUUAUCAAAUGCCAUCCAGCUCAGCACAAGUGUUUAUAGCUCUUGGAAGAAGAGAAACUAGCUUGGCUUUUGUGUAGCCAUUACGUCUUGAACGGUUUAAUUAACCCUGCAGGUGCCAGGGCACUUUGUCCUCCCUCCUCAGCCUUGUGGGGUCCUCAGAGUGGCCUCAGGCUGAGCUGUUUGAUAAUAGUCUUGUGUCGUUUGUACACAUGCAGAGUCACUGGCGUCGUGGGGGUGGGUGGUGGCUUUUUCGGGAUGACUUUCUGCUUGUAUGCAGAUUUCUCCCGUAGAAAGGAGUAGAAAGGAAGCAGUACCUCGACGUGAUGGUCAGCGGUGGAAAUGAUUUAAUCGCCUGGCCCGGUUGCCUAAAGCCUUAGACUUACAGGUGAUUUCAGUCUCUUUCCUAGUUGUGGUGCUAGUGUGAGAGCUAGUUCAAUGUAGACGUCUCUGCCGGCAAUCCAUUUUGCUCGGUCACUCUAUUUCCCAACCCCUCGUCAAGAGAGUUAGGGACUGGGAGGGUUUCUAUGAGCUCUGAUAGCGGAUUUCAGUCAAAUGGACACUUGGUAGAAGGGAUGUCAUGAAAAGAUGUUCUUGCCUCAGAUCGUGGAGAUUUCUGUGUUUAAGCCACCCUCAGCCAAUUACGACCAGAGUCACUGGGUUCUAACACGUCUCAGGUCUGUGAGGAUCUUGUUGUUGAUACUGGGUUUUCUUUGUUUUGUUUUGUUUUUUUUUAUGAAGCUCGGGGAGUCAAGCCUGGAAAACGCCUUGAAGCGCUACAAACAUCUUUCUAUCAAAGUAACUGUGUUCGAUGCUACCUCAACUUUGUGUCCCAUAAAGGGACAGUGUCUCAGUCCCCGGUGAGGAGCCUCACCGCACAGAUUAGAACUGAACCAGUUUAAACAGAAGACGCCUGGGGCCUGUGCCACAGGUGGUCGUGACUUAACAAAUUUGUGAUGUGGGCCACUGAGUAAGAGGGAUCCUGUGGGUCAGUACCGCCCUGAGCAUAGCAAGACUGCCCUCCACUGUUCAACUCUGUGAGCACAGGCUUCCGGGUCUGGGGGAAAGGACAGAAAUUUUUCUUUUGCGCCUGGAAUUUCUUCUACAUUGUUAAACCCAGUGGGGGUCUCUAUUUGUCUCCUCCUGUGACACAGCUUGGGCUCAGCAUGGCGAUAAUUCAUCUUUCUUUAUGGGAUUCAAGGCUAUCAUAAGGAGUUAAAAAAGAAUUAAUUUGCAAGAAAAUAAGUGUCUCCAAAGACUUUGAGAAAACUUGAGAAAUGCUUGCUACAUUUUUUGAGAGACAGAAAGACAAAGGAAAAAGUAGGGUUUCCUGUCGGGAAGACCUACCUGGCGUUUUAAAGUUUAAGAGGGGAAGUUUAACACGCCUCUCUCUGUACUAAACAAGUUUGCCUUCUCCCUCUGUUAAUUGCAGUGGAUUGAAAAUAUGUAGCAAAGGAAAGGAAGCCAUAAAUCAUCAAUUUUACUGCUGCUUUAUAAUGAGUGAAAUUCUUUACACUUCUGAAAAGAAAAACUAAAAUUAAGCCUCGCUGAGAGCUGAGCAUGAAUCUUUGUAUAGAGAAAGCGUGGAGUCUCAUCUGUAUACGUUGCCACGUUUUUUUCACUUGGGGCUUGAGACAGAUCAUCAUGCUCUAGAAGACAGAGAGAGAGAGAGAGAGAGAGAGAGAGAGAGAGAGAGAGAGAGAGAGAGAGAAUGAAUGAGAAUGGUGUCAUUUUCCAAAACUAACCAGAAGUGAAAGCAAGAGACUCACUGGGAAUCUCGGUAGGUGAGGAAGACUGAGAGGUUUUCAUUAAACACGAGAAUACAAAAAUACUUUUAGAACCAGUGCUGUGCAGCUGCCUUGUGGCUUCCUCUGAGGGACUGCGGGCCUUCCCCUUCUCCAGUCACAAACGUGACUGUUGCAAGGUGGAGUUAGGAAUCCCAAGUGCUGGGAGGGCUACAAACCAACCCCAGAUUUAUUUCUUUUGCCUCCCCCAGUGCAGAUGACUGGUUUCCCAGAAUAGUGAGGGCUGCGUGGGCUUUUUGAUGGGUAUCAUGACCUGGUAGCCACUGUCACUAACCAACUGGUCUGCUAACUAGGAAGAAGGCCCUAUCCAACACCCAGAUGGAUUAGUUGGUCAACUGGUUAGCAUUUUCUCUCCCCUUAGCGUAUAAGUGUAUGUAACCUUUAGAGUGAAGUGCUAUAAAAUGCCUGCUUAAUCCCUGCCUAGUGAGUUUCAAAUCUUAGCUGUUGAACAACCACCAGGCAAAAAAUAUAUAUAUAUAUAAAUUGCUUUGACACAGAUGAGACCAAUUAGAAUGCUUGAUUUUAAGUCCUCUCUUCAAAGAGAAAGGAAAAGAAAGGAAGGGAGGAAGAAAGAAAGGAAGAAAGAAAGAGUAAAAACUUGAAUUGCCAAUACAUUUCCUAAAGAUUUCUUUUUGCUGUCCUUUUGAAGAGUGUCUCUCUGACUCCGGUUACCCAUAAAUAAAAACUUUAGCAAUAUUAACUAGUGAGUUAAUAACUUUUACUUUUUUAGCACGGUGGCCAGUUCAGAAUGUACGCUUAAAUGAGACACGGUUCGUGGUUGGGUAAUAUAACCUGGGCUUACAAGAUGGCAGUUAAAGGCCAGUGGCAGCGGUGACGUGAUAAAAUAUAAAGCAGCCAGGGCACCCACCUGGGUUCUCUCUUGCAGAAACAAAUAACACCGUCAAUUUCGUACAUCGACACUGUUAUGCGUGCCUGGGCUCAAAAGCAGGUUCUCAUGUAAUUUCUCUCCCUCUCUGUAGGAUUUCAUCAGAAGUCAACACUCACGAUCUGUGAGGCAGUAAAACCUCUCGAUGUUCCAGAGAGUCUUGUCCUUAGGAAAGCACACCACAUUCAGUUAUUCCCGAUCAUCCGUCAGUCCAGCUAAAGAGUAUCUUGUGACUUAAAAACAUUUCAAAUAGAGGGAGGCAAGUUCAGUUUCACAGAGGGAACAUUAGUCUUUGAUUUGUAUCUGUGCCUAUCAUAAUAAAUUUCUGCCUGUCUCCAACUUUUUUAUAAAGGAGGUCUGGUUGCAUUCACAUUUGGAGAGCCUAGCCCUAGCUUUGGGCAUGGAAGACACUGAAGUGUCUGUGUUACUGGCAUUUUUAAACAGACCCCAGCAGAAAUGUUAAGUGGGUCAUUCUAAUUUAUUUGCCCCAGAUAAGAAAUGCUAAUCAUACUGAAGAAUUUUCCCCCUCACUGACUGUAGUUUUUAAGAUCACUCUUUGGCCAAAAGUGAAAUUCAUGAUGAAGCUUCGCUUCCUUGUUGGGCUCAUUAACAUAAAGAACUGUUAAGGAUUCCAGAGGGUCAGAACGCCUUUUCCCUACAAUUCCCUCCUUCAGUCUGUGAGGAAUAUAGGUGGAGGAUCACUGUACUUUGAACAAAGUAUCUUAUGUCGGGAUAAUUGUCACUUAACAUUGUGUUAAACAAAAUGACAUUAUUUGGUAGAAUGUGCUUAAAUAUUCCGGGCACACUCUGUAGAGCUAAGAAACACUUAUAAUUUAGCAGCCCUUGCAGUGGGGAAAAAAAAAAAAAGAAAGAGAAAAAGAAAUUACCUGAGGGUUCCCUUCUCAGCUUCAGUCAGUGCAUCUGGAUGUGAACCCUAAAAGCACUUUAACACAAUGAAAAAAAAAUACUAAUGGGAAUGUAAAAAUGCAAAUCUUUAAGGUAAAUAGAGAAUUGUUUGGGCCUGAAAAGCACCCGUGUUCUGGGUCACAAUGCUACACUAUGUUAUAAGGAAAAUCUGGGAAAUGCUCAUAUUUGAAGGUAUAACUUACUUACAGUUAUGCAGAUUAAUUCUGUCUACACUGAAUGUACUUUAAAUGAUCUCAAAGUCAGCCCACCCUGAAGCAUCUUCUGAAUGAAUUUUUUCUAAACACACACUAAAUGUAAAGCAUUCUUUUGAUGGGAUAUUGUCUGAUACUGUAAAUUUAAAUUUUAAACUUUCAAUUUUUGUGCAUUUUUUGUACUGUACAUUUCUAUCUCCUUAAAGGAAACUCGUGUAGACAGUAUUUCAAGGCCUUAGCAAUUUUUGACUAGUACCAAGAUUAUACCUUUUAUAUCAUGGCUUUGCACAUUGGAAAGGAACUUUUUAAAGUCAGUCUCCUGCUUUGCUACUUCUGUGCAUUUAUUUUACUGCUUAAUGCAAAUAAGCUUUUUAACGUCCGUAUAUAAUAUAUAAUAUGAUAUAUGAUAUAUGGUAUGUGAUACAUGAUAAAUGAUAUAAUGUAUGAUAUGUGCGGUUUUGAAGAACAUUAUACAAUUAAUUAAAGAGAAAUCAUAAGUUAAAGAACUGGCAUGUUGUUAAAACUUUCGAAAUUAAGUUACUGGAAUUUUGAGGAGCUCAAAGUUUGUUUUUAUUCAAUGAUUAAAAAAAAAUUCUGCACCACCCCCCACCCCCAACCCCGUUCCAUAACCUUAAGCAGGUUUACAAUUAGUUUUGCAUAUAUUGAGCAAAGUUGAGCACGGAGUAUUUGUUUUGCUAAUGUGCCUAUCUGUGGUAUAAAUCGGCUGUGUCUUUGCUCCUAGCUACCCUCAACCUCAUUACAGAUACCUAUUACGUUCCUUCCCCCACGCAGUAAUGAGAGCGCUUGCUGCAGCCUGAUCUUCGCACUGAGCCUAGUUUAAAAGUCUAUGGGGUUUAUGGGUUGCAGCUCUAAGUUCUUUCCCCUUCAAAUGGCUUAGCCAGUUAAGAAAAUGCUAAUUGAAUGCUGCUAAUAAUUUUUAAAGGCAUGUAUAAAUUACCUGGAAAUAAUGGCCUCGUGGAAAGCGACAGACCAGCCUCAAAAAUAUUUUUAUUUCAUUUUCCAGGCAAGGAGCACUGGGAGUUUCUGGAACAAAAUUUAAAAAACAACCAACCAACCAAACAAACAAACAGACAAAACCAACAAGUAGAUUUCUCUCCUUAGUAUGGUGCUGAAUUAACCUCUCCCCUGGAAAAAAGAAAGAAAGAGACCUUAAAAGAAAACUGUUAGAGACUUUUUAGCAAGUCCAUGUACUAGCAUUGGAACACCAGUGCCUUUUCAGGAGGGACUGGGGCUGGUUUGCUCUCCACCUCAAGCUGACUGGCCUGUGACACUUGCUUCUGUUCAGACGAUCUGUUGCUGUCCAACUCCAUCUGCAAGCCGAUAAAACAAAAACAAAAACCCUUCAAGUCAAUGGCACCCAAGCCAAGCUGGCACACCAAACCAGGCAGAGGUGGGCACCACACCCCAUGGUGACCCAAAAAGCAAGCACCGGAAGUGUCACCGAGGGUCGAUCUCCCCGCCCCCGCCCCCCACGGCUAUUUAUUUGAUCAGGCGUCCCGGGGGACGGUGCAGAGGACGCCGACAGCAGCAGUGAGAGCAGGAGCGGCAGCGAGGAAACCAGCGUGUGUGAGAAGUGCUGUGCGGAGUUCUUCAAGUGGGCGGACUUCCUGCAGCACAAGAAGACCUGCACCAAGAACCCACUGGUGCUGAUCGUGCAUGAUGAUGAGCCGGCGCCGCCCUCCGAGGACUUUCCAGAACCUUCUCCUGCCAGCUCGCCCAGUGACCGCACUGAGAGUGAGGUGGCUGAGGAGGUGGCGCCCCCAGAGGGCAGCGAGGUGAAGGCUGUUGCAAAGGAAGUGGAGCCCAUGGAUGUGGAGGCUUCUGCGGACCAGGGCCCUCCAGGCCCAAGUGUGCCCCCACCGCCACCUGCACUGCCACCACAGCCAGAGCCUGCGGCCUUCAGCAUGCCUAGUACCAAUGUGACCCUGGAGACGCUGCUGAGCACCAAGGUGGCCGUGGCACAGUUCUCACAGGGUGCGCGUGCAGGCGGCACCACAGGCGCUGGUGGCAGCGUGGGUGCUGUGGCCAUCCCCAUGAUCCUAGAGCAGCUGGUGGCACUGCAGCAGCAGCAGAUCCACCAGCUUCAGCUCAUCGAGCAGAUCCGCAGCCAGGUGGCCCUAAUGAGCCGGCAGCCUGGGCCUCCGCUGAAGCCCUCAGCCAGUGCCCCUGGAGCAGCCUCAGUACAGCUUCCGGGCCUGACUCCGCAUGCGUCCCUCCAGCUUUCCGCUGGACCAGCCACUGCCUCUGCUGGCUCAGGCUCCACCCUGUCGGCAGCCUUCGAUGGCCCCCAGCACCUGUCGCAGCCGCAGCCCGCUUCCGGCACAAGCACCCCCUGUAGCACUAGUGCUGGCCCCACAGAUUCUGGGGCACACCCAGCCUGUAGCACUGGCCCAGCUCCAGGAGCUGUGGCCGCAGCAUCCAGCACUGUAGGUAACACGGUGCAGCCCCAAAAUGCAUCUACGCCCCCUGCCCUGGGUCCCGGACCCCUCCUCAGCUCAGCCUCCAGUCUGCCAAGCCCUCUGCUACCUCAGACUUCAUCCAGCAGUGUCAUCUUCCCCAACCCGCUGGUUAGCAUUGCUGCCACAGCCAAUGCCCUGGACCCCCUCUCGGCUCUUAUGAAGCACCGCAAGGGCAAGCCCCCUAACGUUUCAGUGUUCGAACCCAAGGCCAGUGCUGAGGACCCUUUCUUUAAGCACAAGUGCAGGUUCUGUGCCAAGGUCUUCGGCAGUGACAGCGCGUUGCAGAUCCACCUGCGAUCCCACACAGGGGAACGGCCCUUCAAAUGUAACAUCUGCGGGAACCGCUUUUCCACCAAGGGCAACCUGAAGGUCCACUUCCAGAGGCACAAGGAGAAGUACCCCCACAUUCAGAUGAACCCCUACCCUGUCCCAGAAUACCUCGACAAUGUGCCCACCUGCUCUGGGAUUCCCUACGGCAUGUCCCUACCCCCAGAAAAGCCGGUGACCACCUGGCUGGACAGCAAGCCAGUGCUGCCCACUGUACCAACAUCAGUAGGGCUUCAGCUGCCCCCUACUGUCCCUGGCACCCACAAUUACACUGACUCCCCUAGCAUCACUCCUAUUAGCCGGUCCCCACAGAGGCCCUCUCCAGCAUCCAGUGAAUGCACCUCUCUGUCUCCAGGCCUCAACAAUACAGAAUCUGGUAUCACAGUGAGGCCUGAGUCACCCCAGCCACUGCUGGGUGGGCCUCCGCUUACUAAAGCUGAGCCAGUCAGCCUGCCUUGCACGAGUACAAGGACAGGAGACGCUCCAGUGGUGGGUGGGCAGGUCAGCGGGUUGCCCACUCCGGCUGCCACCACUGUCACAGACAGCGCCUGCACAAGCCUCGGGAGCCCCGGUCUUCCAGCUGUCUCCGACCAGUUCAAGGCCCAGUUUCCUUUCGGAGGGCUGCUUGACUCUAUGCAAACGUCAGAGACCUCGAAACUGCAGCAGCUGGUGGAGAACAUCGACAAGAAGAUGACUGACCCGAACCAGUGUGUCAUCUGCCACCGCGUGCUGAGCUGCCAGAGCGCACUGAAGAUGCACUACAGGACGCACACAGGGGAACGGCCCUUCAAGUGUAAGAUCUGUGGCCGCGCCUUCACCACCAAAGGCAACCUGAAGACUCACUUCGGGGUGCACCGUGCCAAGCCCCCGCUCCGAGUGCAGCAUUCCUGCCCCAUCUGCCAGAAGAAGUUCACAAACGCUGUGGUGUUGCAACAGCACAUCCGUAUGCACAUGGGGGGACAGAUCCCGAACACGCCACUGCCUGAGGGCCUGCAGGAGGCCAUGGAUGCCGAACUGCCCUUUGAUGAGAAGAAUGCAGAGACCCUCAGCAGCUUUGACGACGAUGUCGACGAGAACUCCAUGGAGGAGGACUCAGAGCUGAAGGACACAGCCAGCGACUCCUCCAAACCGCUCUUGUCUUACUCGGGCUCCUGUCCACCCUCACCCCCGUCGGUCAUCUCCAGCAUCGCCGCCCUGGAGAAUCAGAUGAAAAUGAUCGACUCGGUCAUGAACUGCCAGCAACUGGCCAGCCUGAAGUCGGUGGAAAAUGGGUCUGGGGAAAGCGACCGCUUGAGCAACGACUCCUCCUCUGCAGUGGGAGACCUGGAGAGCCGCAGCGCAGGCAGCCCUGCCCUGUCUGAGUCCUCGUCCUCCCAGGCUCUGUCACCUGCUCACAGUAAUGGUGAGAGCUUCCGUUCCAAGUCGCCAGGGCUUAGCCACCAGGAGGAUCCGCAGGAGAUCCCACUGAAGACUGAAAGACUGGACAGCCCACCCCCCGGCCCAGGAAAUGGAGGUGCCCUGGACCUGACAGCGGGCCACCCUGGUCGGCCACUCAUCAAGGAGGAGGCCCCUUUCAGCCUGCUGUUCCUGAGCAGAGAACGGGGUCCCAGCCACAGCACGCCUAGCCUGGCCUCCAGCCCUGCGCCCACCAUGAUCAAAAUGGAAGUAAACGGUCACAGCAAGGCCAUCGCACUGGGUGAGGGCCCAGCCCUACCAGCCGGGGUCCAGGUACCUACUGGGCCCCAGACAGUGAUGAGCCCUGGCCUGGCGCCCAUGCUGGCACCCCCGCCACGCCGGACACCCAAGCAGCACAACUGUCAGUCAUGUGGGAAGACCUUCUCCUCAGCCAGUGCCCUGCAGAUCCAUGAGCGCACCCACACUGGGGAGAAGCCCUUCGGCUGCACCAUCUGUGGCAGGGCCUUCACUACCAAGGGCAAUCUCAAGGUACACAUGGGCACCCACAUGUGGAACAACGCGCCUGCGAGGCGUGGCCGCCGUCUGUCUGUGGAAAACCCCAUGGCCCUGCUGGGUGGCGACGCUCUCAAGUUCUCUGAAAUGUUCCAGAAGGACCUGGCGGCUCGGGCGAUGAAUGUCGACCCCAGCUUUUGGAACCAGUAUGCCGCUGCCAUCACCAAUGGGCUCGCCAUGAAGAACAAUGAGAUCUCAGUCAUUCAGAAUGGAGGCAUCCCUCAGCUCCCAGUAAGUCUAGGCGGAGGUGCCAUCCCGCCUCUGGGUGCCAUGGCUGGUGGGGUGGACAAGACGCGCACUGGCAGUAGUCCACCUAUCGUCAGCUUGGACAAAGCAAGCCCGGAGACGGGAGCCAGCCGGCCGUUCACAAGGUUCAUUGAGGAUAACAAGGAGAUUGGAAUAAACUAGCAGGACACACAUAAGACUCCACCCUCCUCUUCUGUCCCGAGUCCACUCUGCAGACUUGGAGCUUCAGGCUUUGGACCCCACAUGCCUAGGCUCUCGUUCACACUUUACCCACGACAGAAAAUCCCUGUACCAUGUGGCUGCUGUAAGGCGGCCUGGAGAGUGAGGCACAGUACUGCAGUGGGUUUGACUGUUCUUAAGAACUCUGCAACCGUUUAAGUAAAUUUCACACAAGAGCUUAUGUGCUUGAAAAAAAAAUGGCCUUAGGAACAGAAAGAGCUCAGACCAUAUCUACUUCAUUUCUCCUAAAACCUAGUGACCCCCCUCUGUGUGGGGGAACGGGGUCCCCUGCGGUUACCCCAUGAGCUGCAUUCAAUGGUUUCGUUCAAACUCUGUAGACACUUGAACUCUGUUUUAGGGACUCUUCGUCUUGAAGAAGCAGUUUAGUGCUCCAAACGCCGUGUAUAAUGACAGUCUCUUCGUCUAUAGUAUUUAUGUUAAGAUUAUGCGGGUAACAGACAAGAAAAUAGCCCAACCCUAAAUGACGAUUUUGUAUCACAGAAUACAUCUGGCUAUGUGAUUUUUUUUUUUAAAGAGCAAGAUUUGCUUCAUUAUAAAUAAGUGGAUUAAUUCAAUGCAGGCAAAAUCGUGACGUUCUAUUGGGAAAGAUAGCAUGCUUUUUUGUGUGCAAGUACCUGUCAGUAACACCCCCUCCCCCUUUAAUUUAAACGUUUGUAGCUGCUAUGUGAACGAUUGUUCUCUAGUGUGGUCUGUAGCCCCUCGGCCGAUCGGGAGCAGGUUACAGACAAGCAUCACCGUGAAAUGAUUCACAGCUUCAUAGGCAGUCGUGUGAGUAAAUAUUUCACAUUAUCAAAGCUGUAUGAUAAAGAGGUAAUGUUUGUAUCACGUGGUUGCAAAUCUUAAUUUAUACAAUUGCACUUUUAGAAUUUUGUAUUAGGGAAGUUUGUCUAUAAUUUGAAAAUUUAAAAAAAAAGAUGUAAAGUAUUUUAUAAAUAGUACUUCGGUUUAAAGAAAAUGGAGGGGGGAAAAAAACCCAUGUCACAGUUUAUUGGUUUUUUUUUUUCUCUUAAAAGUCAAACAUGAGAAGUCUAUGCUGUUUAAGCAGAAAAAAAAAAAAAAAAAAAAAGAAGCCACCGGGAUUUGUCAGCACCUCAAUAAAAUAAGGUCUGCCGUUUCUUAAAUUAACAUGAUUUAUUUAACUUCUCUACAGAACCUCUUGAGAAACUGUGAGCACCAUAACAAAACUUUGACAAAUCAUGCUCAGUCCCCUGACCCCAGGAAGGCAGGGGGACAGCGAGGUGCGCAUUGCGCAAGCGCGAUCUUACUGUAGGCUCCCCCCUCUGUCUCUCUCAUACACAAUACGGGGCUGCCUCGUAGCAUUGGUCAGGGCGCGGAUGAGACUGGGAUACCGAGUGUCUGGCAGUAUAAUCCGUCAUAACCUUGACAUUUCCUAAGUCCGUGAUUCAUUGUCUUCUCGAGUGCAAACACGGUGUGUCGUCCCGAUUAUUCGAACCCCGAUCUCUUUUGCUGACGACCUGUAUAAACUGCAUCCAUUGAGCAAAGAAGCCAGAUGCUGGGAGGCGGGGCUGACUGGAAACUUGAACGUCAGUGUUGUGUGUACUACCUCAUUUUUGUGCACUGCAAGCAUGCUGGGAAGUGACGCGAUGGACUCCCAACAAAAAUCGCUCAAGACAUACUGUAGGUAGCUGGGUACCUCAGCAGGGAGCUGUCUGCGCCUGAAGGCUAAACCAGACAGUGUGAAACAGAAGGAUAGAGCAGUCACCUCAAACUGAACCGACCGGGGAAAGCGUCGCAGGCGAAUGGCUACCACUGGCCUGUGUCCGAGCAGAGAGCUUCUGGGCUCGUUAGCUGUUCCUGUCUGUGGAAAUGAACACUGACCUCUCUGGCUCUGUUUUCCAUGUAGUGAGGUGGAGCAUCUUCAGGCCGUCCCCUCUCUCGCUGGGGGAUGGGAGCAGGCGCUUCGGCUCUGGGAAGAGGGGACAGGUGGCUUAACGUUGCUGUGCUUUCGCAGUUGAAUGUCUUGUUAUUUAUCCGUGUCCUCUUGGUGUGUUUUCUUCCCCCUUGUCUUGGUUGGUAUUUGGUACCACGUUAGUGUUCUUUCUUCUCUCAAAAGGAUGUGUAUAUAACUUAAGAAAAGAGAAAUGUAAAGUGUUAUAAACGAGACAGCUGAUGAAGGCGCAGAGACCACCCCCAUUCUGCGUUCAGGGCUGGCUGUCCCUCUGCGUGGUGAAGAGAGACACUAUUUUUAUACCGCAAAAACCACGCGGGGGUGAGGGCCUCCCAGAACCAGCCAGGGUGUUUGGUAGACCUGGAUAUAUUUUAUGAUCAAAUCUUGUGGCUUGACACAUCUACUGACUGAAAUGGAUGUUGUAGACUAGGUUACUAUUUUUGUCAUACAGAACUGAAUAAAAUGCAGGAUGUCCUAUUAUCUCUGAA